AUGUCUUCAUUUUCGUCUAUUCAAUAUUUGGCAAAUUGUCUCAAUAAAUUGUUAUCGGAAAAGUGUGUAACAUCAGAUAUUACAACAAAAAAUGUUUUAUGUAUUUUACAAAAAUAUAUUGAAUCAUUAGAUGAACAUUGGUCAUAUGAAAAACAACAAUCUCAUUGGGACAAAUGUAUAAAUGAAAUGAAGGAUAUUAUUAAUACUAAUAUAUUAUUGAUGGACGUUGAAACGUAUUCAAACAUCAAUAAUACAUUCAAUGUACUUGAAUCUACAAUUACAACUGCUAUGGAGAACGAACAUGUUGAACCUGAAGGCUACCAAAUGAUUAGCUCAGCAUUAUCUGAAUUACGACAAACAGUUAUUAAAUUAUUUUCACGAUUAAUUAAUGCAAACAAGAGUAUUGAAAAAGAAUUUCAUGAAACGAAAACAACACUUAAAAAUCUUGAAGCACGUCUUGCUCACAUGGAAGCAGAUUCACUAGCUAUAAAAAAAUCAAAUUUUAUUGCUGAUUUAAUGCAACCAUUAUUAAAUAAGAUUAUGGAUGAAAUGGAGAAAAAUUCAAUUGAUCAGCAUUUGUAUUCACCACGUGAACUUGGUCGAUUAAAACUUCUUAUUAAUCGUAAAGAAAAUUGGCUUGUAUUACAUCCACUUGGCCGUAUUAUUGAUAAUAUUGCUUCUACAUAUGGAUUAACACCAAGUGUUCUUAUCGAUUAUUUACGAAUUAAACAAGAUAGAAAUUACUUGGCUCAUUAUACACAAAAGAUUCGAACUUAUGCUUUACAGUCAAAAGAAUUUAAAUUAUCAGAUUUUAUUACGAAAUAUACAGAACUUCAAUCAAUUAGUGAAUUAGAAAUGACUGUAUUAGAGCCUGUAUUUCUAAAUAUUUGUAAACAAAUAGUAGAAACACCUGAAAUAACAGAAUAG